AUGGAAAUCAACAACCCCCGGCGCAUCCUCGCUGUCGGUGGCCCAGAUUCAGGCGUGCUCUCGUUAAUCAAAGAUCUCACAGGGUCUGCCCCAGAGCUCAUCACCAACACCACCGCCGGCCUCUCCCACGAGUGGAACGUCGAGACGAAAUACUACACUGCAAAGCUGCCAAUAUGGAUCGACGAAAUCCCAGAAGUCUCUGAAUGGCGCACCGAGUUCACAAAGCCUGAAGCAAAAGAAGUCGUCACUGCGAUCGGUGCUUGGAUCUACUGCUUCAAGAAGCCGAUAACAGGAAUGGACGUGGACACGAUAAAGGAUACCAUGCAAGCGAUCGCCAAAGUCAUCGAGACGGCGUGCGGCUACAGCGACGACCAUGUGCGCCUAGCGGUCGCCAUGCCCCAGAGCAUAACACCCUAUCUGGACAAAAGUGCUGAAGAUUGGGACGACUUGUGCAUGGAGCACGGCUUCGAGUUUGUGGAUAGCGAGGCCAAGGGCAAGAACCAAUUUGGCGAAGAGAAGGGCAUCAGGAGGGUGGAGGAUGCGCUCAAGGCUCAAGAGUGGGAUGGUGUUGAUGCUGACGGCGACUUCGGUUUCGACGAGGAUGCAUUCGGCGAGGGACUUGAUGCGGAAGAAAGAGAGAUGGGCAUGGAGUUCUUUGGCUUGAAGAACGCUGUGCACGGUAUUGACGAGGAUGAGGAGGCUCAAGUAGAAGAGCUUGAAGGUUUGAUGCGCAAGAUGGUCGCUAUCAAGGAUCAAAGUGAGGGUAUGUCCGAAGCAGAGCGGAAACGAUUCGCCGCAAAAGCCGUCGACGACCUCAUGAAAGACCUUUAA